AUGAGGAGACAGAACCAGAGCAUGGUCACCGAGUUCAUCCUGACAGGCUUCGCAAGCCUGGGCGACCUGCAGGUCCUUCUCUUCGUCAUCUUCUUACUAGUGUACCUGACCACUCUGAUGGCCAAUGCCACGAUUAUGACAGUCAUUCAUCUGGACAGAACGUUGCAUACCCCCAUGUACUUCUUCCUUUUUGUCCUUUCAUGCUCUGAAACCUGCUACACCUUAGUCAUUGUGCCCAAGAUGCUAACCAACCUCUUGUCCACCAUGCCAAGUAUUUCCUUCUCCGGAUGUGUUGCUCAGCUUUAUUUCUUUGUGGGCUUGGCUUGCACCAACUGUUUUCUCAUUGCUGUGAUGGGCUAUGACCGCUACGUUGCCAUCUGCAAGCCUCUCAACUACACAGUCAUCAUCAGCCAGGGCACCUGUGCUCGCUUUGUUCUAGCCGCCAGCCUCUGUGGUUUCAUGAUCUCCGUGGUGGUCAGCAUCCUGGUGUUCAGUGUGCCCUUCUGUGCCUCCAAUCAGAUCCAGCACUUUUUCUGUGACAUUUAUCCAGUCAUAAAACUGGGCUGCACAGACACCAACGUUAAGGAAAUGACCAUUUUCUUCCUCGGCAUCCUGGUACUUCUGGUCCCUUUCGUGCUGAUCUGCAUCUCCUAUGUCUUCAUUGUCUCCACCGUCCUCAAGAUCUCCUCUGUGGAAGGGCAGCGCAAAGCCUUCACCACCUGUACAUCCCACCUCAUUGUGGUCAUUGUCCACUAUGGCUGUGCCUCUUCCAUCUAUCUGAGACCCUCAGGUGCCCACUCCUCGGACAAGGACUUGCUUGUGGCAGUGACCUAUACCGUGAUCACUCCACUACUCAACCCCCUUGUCUAUACACUGAGAAACAAGGAAGUGAAGACAGCUCUGAGAAAGGUUCUGAGUCGAUAUUCGCUGCCCAAAACUGCAUGA